AUGGGUGUAUAUUUCGAAUACUUCUUGCUAGACGUGUUUUCUCUUUUAACCAUAUUAUUAACAUCAUCAUACGUUUAUUUUACAUCGUGUUACACUUAUUGGAAAAGGAGAAACGUUCCGUUUAUACAACCGAAAUUUCCAUACGGAAAUUGCGAAAGUUUGGACAGCGAAGGUGUCCAUUUCAACGGCCACACCGCCCGCUAUUACGGCUUGAUCAAAGAAAAAGGGUGGAAAUUCGGCGGGGUGUACCUGCUCAACCGUCCCGUUUUGGUCCUGCGAGAUCCCGAACUGAUCAAGGACGUGCUCGCGAAGGACUUCGACUCGUUUCCCCGCAGGACUGUUUACUACAACGAAAAAAACGAUCCCAUUUCGGCCCAUCUCUUCGCCAUCGGCGGCGCCGAAUGGAGGACAUUGAGGGCCAAAUUAACCCCCGCUUUUUCGUCGGGUAAAAUGAAGGGGAUGUUUCCCACGGUAGUUCAAUUAACCGAUCACCUUGUACAAGCGCUGAUGGAAGCUGAACGAAACCGCGUUGAUAUCAACGUUGUAGAUUAUUCGUUGAAUUAUACUGCUGAUGUGAUAUCCAGUGUGGCGUUCGGUUUGGAUUUGAACAGUUUUCAAAACCCCGAUUCCGAGUUUCUGACAAAGAUUAAGAGAUUGCAGGUUUGCGAUAACGUUUUCCAGUAUCUAAGCUCUAUUAUCAUCGGUAAAGCGCCGGAAUUGGCUGUGAAAUUAGGACUCGUCGGCACUAGAAAAGAACUGUCCGAUUACUUUUUCCAAUUGGUAGAAAAAACGUUGGUUUAUCGAAAGAAAAACGACGUUUACAGGCCGGAUUUGCUGCAGCUGCUCAACGAGUUGAUGGAAACCACUGCGAAUACCGAUGAUCCUUUCACAUGGAAAGAACUGGUGGCCCAAUGUUUUAUGUUCUUCUUCGCCGGGUUCGAUACAUCCGCCACCACGAUGGCAUUCGCCCUGUACGAACUCAGCAGGAACCCGGAGAUCCAGGCUAAAGUGAGGCAGGAAAUCGAAGAUCUAACCAAAGGAGAAUUAACUUACGAAUGCCUAGGGGAGCUCAAGUACCUCCAGCAAUGCAUCGACGAAACUCUCAGGUUGUACCCGCCGGUUUUGAACCUGGAUAGAGUGUGUGCGAAGGAGUACCAACUGAACAAUACGAAAAGCACCAUCGGUAGAGGGGUUACUGUUUUGAUACCCAUCGUAAGCUUACACAGAGACCCUGUUUAUUAUCCUGAUCCUGAGAAAUUCGAUCCGGAGCGGUUUGGUCCGGAGCAGAAGAAACUCCGCCAUCCUUAUUUGCAUCUACCGUUCGGACAAGGACCUAAGAAUUGCAUCGGUUCUCGUUUCGGUUUGAUGCAAGUAAAAAUUGGACUUGUCGAGACUCUAAGGAGGUUCAAAUUGAGGUUGAGUCCAAAGACUAAGCCGGUUGAAAUGUUUAAAUAUACUUUCGGAUUCAAACCGACCAGUCCUAUAUAUUUAGAAGUUGAACAAAUUUAA